AAAUUAAAUCUUCGUGAUUUCGUCAUUUUACUGGACGACAAUAACUUUAUCAAAACAUUUCAGUCUCCUGAAGUACACAACCGGUGCCAUCUUUUAAUCACGUAUUGAUUUUUAUUGUUCAGCAUAAUAGUGAACUAAAAUAGUUCUUUCUUCUUUUAUACUUUAUAUUGUAUUUUAUAUUUGUAUUAAUACACAUAAUUAUUUACCAAAAAAACUUGGAAAAAAUGCGCACAAAAGGGAAACUGAUCGCAAAAUCGUUCUAUGUAUUUAUAUUCCUGGAUUUAAAUAUAAAAAAAAGAAUCGGAAAAUCUGGCGGGGAAUGUGACAUUAUGUUUGAUAUUUUACAGAGUGUAAAACAUUAUGAUUUGAUGUUAAAGUAUAAAAGCAAAAAAAAUAAUUUAACUAAACAUUAAUACAAAUGGAAAUAUUUAUGUAUAUUUUAAAAACAAACUGUUUCAAUUAAUAGCAGUAAAAAAAAUACAAUUGUUUAAUUUUACUGCUUAUAAUACUUUCUCAAUUUGCUUCGAAUGAUAAAAGGCAGCAACAUCAAAUGUCAAGUGUCACUUGUCAAAAUACAAAAAUUGCUUUUCGUUUUCGUUUAUAUUUUUGUGCGUAUUUUAUUUUGUAGGUGCAAUGCAAAUCUGGUUACUGAAUGUUUACUAAAUGCAAGCGGAAAGUUUUUCACAUCGAGUUUAAGUUAAUUGGAACGUAGAAAUGGGUACAAAAGAGGAAAUAGUUAUUAUUUGCCAUGGUUGUUUAAGUGCAGAUCGAAAUGUAACUCCUUUAGGUGAACUAUCUGGUUUAUUUAACAUCCUAAUGCCACAGAUAUGUAUAAAUGAAGGUGUACAACUCUGUUGGGAGUGUAGAAGUAUAUUAAAAAAGACAAGGAGAUUCCAGCAAAGGAUUCAACAAGCUCAGAUAUUAAUGCAAAAACCUCAUCUCUUAAUUAACUAUUCUAUAUCCAGUCUAUCGACGUUAAAAUCAAAAAUUAUUGACAGUAAAUGUAUUGUACAUGAGAGUUACAAAGAAAAUAAAGGGUUAUUAGAUUUGAAAAUAGAACAAGAAUUAGAUGAAUCUUCAGAUGAUGAAAUAUGUGAAGAUUUUAAGGGUAGGAAAGAAGUUACAGAGAUAAAAAAUGAAGUUGUCGAACAUUUAAUGAAGGACACAAAAAUUGAAAUAGAAAUUGAACAAUCCAAUGUUUCUGUAGAUUCAAAUGUAGAUAAUAAAAUAAAUGAUUCUAGUGAGGAUGAAAUAAAAGAAAUAAUAAAUAAGAAAUCAAUUAAAAGAAAUAUAAGAAAUUAA